AUGUAUCGCCAAAUUUGGAUUAACCCAUUGCAUUCCAAAUAUCAGCGCAUUCUAUUUCGAUCUUGCCCGGAAGAGGAAGUUUCUGAUUACCAGUUAAAGACAGUAACAUUUGGCGUCAAUUGCGCUCCUUACUUGGCUCUUAGGACGCUGUUGCAACUGGCUGAUGACGAGGAGCAUCGCUUUCCCAUUGGUUCCAAAAUUCUACGAAACAAUAUGUAUGUAGAUGAUGCGUUGGUAGGGGUGCAUACUGUCUCAGAAGGUUUAAGAGCGAGAGAAGAAUUGAUAAAAAUUCCUUCAUCAGCCGGGUUUGGUCUCCGGAAGUGGACGUCUAAUUCUAGAGAAAUUUUGGAUGGUCUUGCUCGUGAGCAUCUGUUAAAUGAAGAUUUUCUUGAUCUGGGUGACAAGAGUUCUGCGAAGACAUUAGGUAUUCGAUGGAAUGCCUCAUCAGAUAGUUUCUACUUCGUUAUAGAUACAAUUCAAGAAAGAAGUUCUUACACGAAGCGACAAGUGUUGUCCAUUAUAGCGAAGAUUUUUGACCCUCUGGGCUGGCUCGCGCCGAUUGUAAUAACUGCGAAAAUUCUGAUGCAACAGUUAUGGCUAGAUGAGAUUGGAUGGGACGAUCCAUUAAAGCCUCUUACUCUGAUAAACUGGAAGAAUUUUGUCUCUACUUCGUCAGGAAUCGAAGAGAUUAGAAUACCUCGCUGGGUAAAUUACUCUCCAAAUUGCAAUAUUGAAUUGCAUGGUUUCUGUGACUCGUCAGAGUCGGCUUACGCUGCUGCGUUAUAUUUGAGAGUUGAAGUUGGUACUGAUGUCUAUACGAAUUUGCUCGUUGCGAAGUCCAAAGUGGCGCCGUUGAAGAAAUUGUCCUUGCCACGGUUGGAACUCUGUGGGGCCUUUCUCUUAGCCGAGCUAGUCGAUUCCGUUCUGCCUCAGUUGGAUAUUCCAAAAGCCUCUUUGUUCGCUUGGUCGGAUUCGACUAUCGUUUUGUCUUGGCUCAAGAAACCAUCUUACUCUUGGACGACGUUUGUGGCAAAUAGGGUGUCUAUUAUUCAGGAGAAGGUAGGGAGCGACUGGUAUCAUGUCCCUACAGAUGAGAAUCCGGCAGAUUUAGCAACCCGGGGGCGGACUCCUUUAGAGCUAAAGGAGUGUGGUUUAUGGUGGCAUGGACCAAGCUGGCUCAAAUCGCCGAGAAGUGAAUGGCCCUCAGGCGCGGUUAUAUCCGAAACAACCCUUGAAGCUAAACCUGUAAAAGUUCAUCUUGCUCGAUCUGCCGUAGAAGAAGAUAUAUUGGAAAGGUUUUCUCGUCUCUCCACUGCAACUCAUGUCAUAGCGUACAUAUUUCGGUUUGUCCAAAGGACACAUCCAAAAACCAAGAAAACCGUUUGUUUUGAUAGCAUUAAAUUAACCGCAGAUGAAAUUGGCUUUGCUCGUCGCCGUUUGAUGUCUCUUUCUCAAAGAAUCUACUUUCCUUCGGAGUAUGAUUGCCUCCAUAAAAAUCGAAAACUUGAUUCUGGUAGCCCUCUUUUGUCGCUAAAUCCCUUUCUCGACAAAGAUGGUCUUAUUCGAGCUAAUGGACGUUUGAGUUCUACCCUUUCUCUACCGUACGAUGAACGGUACCCGAUUAUUCUUGCCCCAAAGAGCAGAUUUGCUGCACUGUACGUGGAUCAUGUUCACCGUAUGACCAACCAUGGUGGCAUUCAGCUGACUCUGGCUACAACGCGCCUCGAAUGUUGGAUCAUACGAGGCCGAAACUUAGUAAAAACCCACUAUCGACAUUGCACGAAGUGCGUUCUGGCUCAGAAGAAACGACAAACGCAGCUGAUGGCUGCUCUUCCUCCCGAGAGGACUACCUUUACCCGGCCGUUUUCCACAUCAGGGGUCGAUUUCGCUGGCCCUAUUGAAAUUAAGAACUUUAGUGGCAGAGGUUGCCGCAUUUCCAAGGGUUACAUUUGCUUGUUUGUGUGCUUCGCCACCAAGGCGAUACACUUAGAACCUGUCAGUGAUCUCUCCACCCCUGCCUUUAUUGCCGCUCUGUCCCGAUUCGUUGCCCGGCGUGGAUGCCCUCGUCAUAUUUACUCGGACAACGGUAAGAAUUUCGUGGGUGCAGACCGUGAAAUUCGUUCUAAUUUGAUGAAGAUUGUCGCAGAGGCGAAGGACGACUCCCUUACUCGUUACGGCUUCCAGAAAUUGGAGUGGCAUUUUAACCCCGCCGCAGCUCCACAUAUGGGUGGGCUGUGGGAGGCGGGGGUUAAAAGCUGCAAGAGUCACCUGAAGAAAAUCUCGGGACAAAUUCGUCAUACAUUCGAAGAAUUAUCCACUAUCCUUGCUCACAUCGAAUCGUGCCUAAACUCCAGGCCUCUUACUCCCCUGACAGAUAGCAUCGAUGAUAUCAGCGCCCUUACUCCAGGUCACUUCCUCAUCGGUGGACCAUUACUAGCGCCAGCUGAACCCGACGAGGUAGAAAAUAAAACUUCUCUUUUGAACCGUUGGCGACGGUUGAAAUUGAUUGCCCAGGAGUUCUGCAGACGAUGGAAGUCCGAAUAUCUCAAGGAGCUUCAAAGGCGAACAAAGUGGAAACUGCCUCGAAAUGACCUACAGGUUGACGACAUUGUCGUACUACACUCUGAUUCCCUUGCUCCAAACGAGUGGCGAUUGGGCCGCGUGAUGAAAUUACACUUCGGUCAGGACGAAAGGGUUCGGGUUGUGGACAUCAAGACUUUAAAUGGAGUGAUUACACGCCCUGUUCACAAAUUGGUCCUCCUUCAUCGUCCCGAAUAG